ACGUGCUCCCGCCGCGGCGCGGAGCGCGCAGCCCAGCUCCAGCGCCAGCGCCGCUGCGGAUAAAUAAGGACCCCCCUCCCCCAAUCCUGCCGAGUCCGGCUCCCGAAUCCCGUCCCGCACCGCCCCGAUCGAAUCCGGUCUCGCUCUCCCGAUCGCCCCCUUCGAUCUCCUCUCGGAUUCCGCGGCUCCUGCAAUCCCGUCCCCGGCCGAUUCCCCGGCGCCGCCUCUCGGUCGGCCCCCGCCAUGGCGGCGGUGGGGCUCCGGAUCGGCCCGCUGGGCGGCUGGCCCGUGGGCGAGGAGGACGAGGACAGGCGAGGGGCGGGGGAGGAGGAGGACGACGACGACGAGGACUGGGCGGUCGGGCAGGAGAGGAGGACGACGAGCAGGAGCAGGGGCAAGCGGAAGAGGCCCGCGCCGCGGGGGCGCACGGGAGCCGGGCCGGGGCCCAACAAGCGGCGCCGCGCCGCGGCGCCAGGGCCGCCGCCACCGUCGGGGCGCGCCGCGCCGCGCCCGGAGACCGCCGAGCCUUCGCCGGAUGAAGGUGCCAAUGCCGCUUCUGCUGCUGCGGCGGCGGCUGCGGCGGCCGCGGUGGAAGACGGGGUGGGGAAGGCGGAGGGGGAGGGCGUGGCUCCGAACGCCGGGGGCAGAGGCCGCGCCGGGAGGGGCAGGAGGUCGUGCCACCAGUGCAAGAGGGCGAGGCAGAGCCCGGCGGAGAUGAUCAGGUGCGGGCGGUGCGACCAGAUGGUCUACUGCGCCCCCUGCGUCAGGAGCAGGUACCCGACGAUGUCGGAGGCGGAGGUAAGGGAGCAGUGCCCGUUCUGCCGUGGAGUCUGCAGCUGCACGCGGUGCGCCGCCAAGGAUAAGCAGGAUGGGCCCGAGAGCUCGGUUUUGAAGAAAUGCAAUAGCAAUGGGUCAGCUACAAGAAAAAAGAGGCCCGUUUCUGCAGGUGUGAAGUUACCCAGGGCUCGUAAUGUGGCAAGACGGACUAAAGGAGUUAACCACUCCUUUGUGAGGACAAAUAGGAUGAAUGAUGCACAUGCCAUGUUGGAUGAGGUGGAUACGUCAGAUGUGAGCACUGAUGAGGUCGAUCCUGAAACAAAACGCAAAUAUGCCAGCUACCUGUUGCACUACCUGUUGCCAUGUUUGACACAGAUCAACAAGGACCAGAUGGAAGAAAGAGAAGUGGAGGCCAGGAUUCAAGGAUUGGAAUUGUCAGAACUGAGUGUCAAGAAAGCUGACACCGGGAAGGAUGAGAGGGUGUUCUGUGACAAUUGCAGCACAUCAAUAUUUGAUCUACACAGAAGCUGCCCAAACUGCUCUUACGACUUAUGCAUCGUCUGUUGUAAGGAGCUUCGUGAACGCCAUCUUGAGAGUUCUUGUCAGGAGGCACCGACAAAUCAUCCUAGAAAAGAAUCUGGCUAUAUGCAUGGUGGUGAUUCUGAUCCCCUGCCCAAUUCCAAUUUAGUCAAAGAAACAAGUUUGCCUAGUCACCAAUCUGAGUAUAUCAAGUCGGAAGCUGAUCCUGAUGGAACCAUACAUUGCCCUCCAUCUGAACUUGGUGUGUGUGGCAAUGACUGUAUGCAUGAUGGUGAUCCUGAUCCACCGCUCGAUUCCAAUUUAAUCAAUAACAAGAAAACAGAUUUGUCUAAUCACCAGUCUGAGUCUAUCAAGUGGGAAGCUGAUCCUGAUGGAAUCAUUCAUUGCCCUCCAUCUGAACUUGGUGGAUGUGGCAACGGUGUUCUUAAUUUGAGAGAAAUUUUUGAAAAAGAUAAGUUAAAUAAGCUCGAAAUGUUGGCUUUGCAAAUGAGCAAGCAGCUACAACCUUCUGAUAUCAUCAGUACAGAUACAUGCGAAUGCUCAUGUUCAGCUAAUCAUGAAAAUUCAAGGAAAGCUGCCACCAGAGAAAAUUCAACAGAUAACUGCAUAUAUUGUCCCAUAUCAGAUGACAGGAAGCCAGAUGAUCUCAAGCACUUCCAGAAGCACUGGGUGAAAGGAGAACCUGUAAUUGUGCAAGGGGUACUCAAGAAAAUGUCUCAUUUGAGGUGGGAGCCACCAGAUAUGUGGUCUAAAGUACAUGGCACCAAUACUAGUUCUGAGAUGAAAAUGGUGAAAGCCAUUGACUGUCUGUCUUGCUGCGAGAUCGAGAUAUGCACCAAUGACUUUUUCAAAGGGUAUUAUAAUGGUCGGCAUUAUCACAAUCUUUGGCCUGAAAUGCUUAAAUUAAAGGAUUGGCCUACUUCAAACCACUUCGAAAAUAUUUUGCCUUCCCAUGGAAGGAAAUACAUCAAUUCCUUGCCAUUUCAACCAUACACAAAUUUGAAAUCUGGCUUGCUAAAUGUCUCUGCGUUGCUUCCUGGUGACAUCUUAAAGCUUGACAUGGGCCCAAAAUCAUAUAUAGCUUAUGGCUAUGCACAGGAACUAGGCAGAGGAGAUUCUGUUACAAAGCUUCAUUGUGAUUUGUCUGAUGCGGUCAAUGUUUUGAUGCAUACUUGUAAAGUUCAUCACUCUGAAGAACAACAACAGGAGAUAAGAAACUUGAAAAGAAGACAUACAGAACAGGAUAAAAAGGAGAACGUAGCAAUAGAUGGAAAUGAUACAAGCAUGGAGCAUUCAGAUAUAUCCCAUGUUUACUGCACAGAUGAUGGGGGAGGUGCACUAUGGGAUAUUUUCAGGAGGGAGGAUGUUGGAAAACUAAAAGAAUACCUCAUAAAACAUUCCAAAGAAUUCCGCCAUUUUUACUGUUCUCCAGUUGAAAAGACUUUUAACCCUGUGCAUGAUGAAACAUUUUAUCUAACAAACAAACACAAGAGGAAGCUCAAAGAGGAGUAUGGAAUCGAACCAUGGACGUUUGUACAAAGACUUGGAGAAGCGGUUUUCAUACCCGCGGGGUGUCCUCAUCAAGUACGGAAUCUCAAGUCUUGCACCAAGAUUGCUCUGGACUUUGUAUCUCCAGAGAACAUUCAGCAAUGUCUUAGCUUAACGGAGGAUUUCCGCAGGCUUCCAAAGAAGCACAGGGCCAAAGAAGAUAAACUAGAGACUCCAACUUCAUGACUCUGCCUCGCCUCGACGCAAGCUUCGCAAUGGCACCAUGUCCAUCAUAACUAUCCGGCCGCACCAGACACCCCUCUGAUUUUGAGGUCAAACGAGUCAAACCGUCUGGCACACUCUCCUGGCAACUCACCGAUGUCGAUGCGAGUCCAGCCUCGUCACACUUUGACGUCUUUAAAUCUUUUGCGCUCCCACUGCAUAGUCAGCUUUGGGCUAGCGCGGGUGGUGCAACCGCCCCGGGUCCCAAAAGUUUGGGCCCCAUCUAGAGAUAUAUGUAUUAUUAUAUUAACUAAGAUCUGGUUCUUUUAGAAUUCCAGUCCAUUGAAGUCCAAUUAUGAAAACAGCCUAAGCAGGCCUAAACGAGAGGGCAAAGCCCACUUCCAAGAAUCCCACGAGGCCACCAAUUGCAGUUCCAAGUCACGUACAGGAACACCAAUCGCUUGGCUGCUCGAUGCCCCCGUUCGCCCCGACUCGCCGUUCGCCCAAUUUGGAAGACCAAUCGUCAUGUCGUCGGACGAUUAUGGUCAACAGGGCCUCCAUUUUUUUCCACCCCGGGCCACCAAAAGGUCAGGGUCGGCCGUGGUGCUAGAUAGUGGCGUUGAGAUUUUAGUCCUUCAUGUCGGUGGAGGGUGGAUCCACCACCCAAUGACCCGACGACCCUGGGCAGCCGCCCAGGCUCGUAACUCAUACACAAAAAGGUGUGGUUGAUUCCUAGGAAGAAGUAGGGUAGGAUUAUAUAUUUUUCACGUGCUUUCGUAUGUUUAAUCGGCAAACGAGAUGGCUUGGGAAGUCUGAGCGGCCGCAAAGAAGGCGGCAGCGGGGCUCGACAUCCCCACUUUCUCUCAUUUCCUCCCCUCGCUCUCUUGGUGGCUGCCCGCUAUUGGCGGUCGAUUCCGAUGAUUUUUUACCAAGUUUCACGAGUUUUGGUGAGUAUUCAAAUGCAGGAAUAAUCUUACUGAAUUUAGCUGAACUAACAAGUUCCACGAGUUUUGGUGAGUAUUCAAAUGCAGGAACAAAGUAUGUGAAAGAAGGUCGAAAUGAGAGAAAAACCCAAGCCAUCCGGCCUAUGCACUAUGGAUUCAGGUGCUCAAACUUUGCUAGAGUGCUUGGCAACUCAAAUCAAAGCAAGAACAACUUGCACCCAUCCAUGACUCACAUUCUACGGUCGAAAGGCUUGAACCAUGGAUGAAUGGGCCCACAUGCAGUGCCUAAUCAAACUUCAGGCUUGUGACCAACUUGAAGAAGGGCAUCCAAUGGUUGAUUGACACGUCGGUGCAACGGAGGACCAUAAUUGUGACAGAGACGGGCCGUCCGGUCUACUAACAACUCGGCUUCAGACGAACGCAAAUGUUACCAACCUCCAAGAGCAAUCGGGCGUAUCCAAGACGAAGUCGGUGGAAAACCGACGGCACCCAUAGGCCAGCCGACCUAACGGAGGUCGGCCAGCCCCACUUUUCAGCCUCCUAAGGUGUCAGCCUUCGCGUGGAAGUUAAUCUACUUGAAUUACCUACUUACAAACGACCGUCAGUUAUCGACCUUCUAAGAGCUAUAAAUAGCAGCCCUUACCAUUUGAAAAGAAGAGUCUCUUGCUUAGUUCACUACUUUAGUAGAAUAGGGAGAGUGUGAGGUGAGAGUUUUCGUGAAAGCCAAGCUAAUGGAGUGGUGCUGAGUUCUAUCAGUCUUACUCCAUUUUGUAUCCGCCUCGGAGAAAUAUAUCUUUGAGUAAGUUCCUCGUA